CGUUGACGAUGUGUCGGCUUGUGUGCCAAAGGACAUAAUUGAGACCUUCCCAGAACUCUUCGACGGACUCGGGUGCAUCAACAAAAAGUACAAGAUGGUACUCAAGCCCGGAUCCGAGCCAGUCAUCCAAGCAGCACGCAGGGUGCCCCACCUUCUGAGAGAGCCGCUGAAGAACGAACUCGAGCGCAUGGAAACUGCUCGAAUCAUCACAAAGGUGGACGAGCCAUCAGACUGGUUCGUCCCUGGCAAACAGCUUGUCCUGGCAGAUGCGCUCUCACGGGCACCGUUACCAGGCAGCCAAAAGGGGGCACCGCACAAUGACGUGGAGGUUCACGCAAUCUCCGUCCUCUCAAGCUUGGUCUCCUCAACUACAGAUCGUCACCCUUGGAGGAUGGAAGAUCGCCCAGUGAGCUGCUAAUGGGACGACGCAUUAGGUCGCUGGUCCCUGACUUCACCGUGGA